UCACCUCCUCCUUAACAAAUAGUCCUCGACGGUGUCUGAGUUCUUGGAUAAUAGGAAGGGAGAGGCUCGAGAAGUUGCAGUCAGGGGGGCGCAGGAUUGACUCGAAGAGAAAAUCCGGGACUGCAGUUUCUGGAAUUGUGGGCCGAAGUUAGUUAAAAACUCCUCCCGCUUCCUCACUCCUCGAAGGAUCCCUCCGCCUGCGGUAGCGGUGGUGAGGCCGAGGGAGCCGCCAUUUUGGAUGUUCGGUUCCUGCUGCCACUGCUGCCGCCGCCCCCGGAGCUGCUGGUUUCAUUCGAGGUUUCGGGCCGAGCACUGUUCCGCUCUGGCUUAUGGUGGUGGUAGGGACUGAACCUGGGACUUCAGAUCCUCAAGCAUAGGAUGCCAGCCCCCAUCAGAUUGCGGGAGCUGAUCCGGACCAUCCGGACAGCUCGAACCCAAGCCGAAGAACGGGAAAUGAUCCAGAAAGAAUGUGCUGCAAUACGAUCAUCUUUUAGAGAAGAAGAUAAUACAUACCGAUGUCGGAAUGUGGCAAAAUUACUAUAUAUGCACAUGCUAGGCUACCCUGCUCACUUUGGACAGUUGGAAUGCCUCAAGCUUAUUGCCUCUCAAAAAUUUACAGACAAACGCAUUGGUUACUUAGGGGCAAUGCUGCUGUUAGAUGAAAGACAAGAUGUCCAUCUUCUCAUGACCAACUGUAUCAAGAAUGAUCUUAAUCAUAGUACACAGUAUGUACAGGGCCUAGCACUAUGUACCCUCGGCUGUAUGGGCUCCUCAGAGAUGUGCAGAGAUCUUGCAGGAGAGGUAGAGAAACUCCUGAAAACUUCUAACUCUUAUUUAAGAAAAAAGGCAGCACUAUGUGCUGUUCAUGUCAUCAGGAAGGUUCCUGAACUUAUGGAGAUGUUUUUACCAGCAACAAAAAAUUUAUUGAAUGAAAAGAACCAUGGUGUCCUUCACACAUCUGUAGUUCUCCUUACAGAAAUGUGUGAGCGAAGUCCAGACAUGCUUGCACAUUUCAGAAAGCUUGUGCCCCAGUUAGUUCGUAUUCUAAAGAACCUCAUUAUGUCCGGCUACUCACCAGAACAUGAUGUUUCUGGUAUCAGUGACCCCUUUUUGCAGGUACGAAUUUUGCGGUUAUUAAGAAUUUUAGGACGAAAUGAUGAUGAUUCAAGUGAAGCUAUGAAUGAUAUAUUAGCACAGGUUGCCACUAAUACAGAGACUAGUAAAAAUGUAGGAAAUGCUAUUCUUUAUGAAACAGUUUUGACUAUCAUGGAUAUUAAGUCAGAAAGUGGAUUACGAGUCUUAGCCAUAAAUAUCCUGGGUCGUUUCUUAUUGAACAAUGACAAGAAUAUUAGAUAUGUAGCUCUGACAUCUUUGUUGAAGACUGUGCAGACAGAUCAUAAUGCAGUACAGAGGCACAGAAGCACAAUUGUGGACUGUCUAAAAGAUCUGGAUGUCUCAAUAAAACGGCGUGCUAUGGAAUUGAGUUUUGCCCUGGUAAAUGGAAAUAAUAUUCGAGGCAUGAUGAAGGAAUUACUUUAUUUUCUGGAUUCAUGUGAACCAGAAUUUAAAGCAGACUGUGCAUCUGGAAUCUUUCUUGCUGCAGAAAAGUAUGCACCUUCCAAACGGUGGCAUAUAGACACAAUAAUGCGUGUUCUUACAACGGCAGGAAGCUAUGUUCGUGAUGAUGCAGUUCCCAAUUUGAUCCAGUUAAUAACCAACAGUGUCGAGAUGCAUGCCUAUACAGUCCAGCGUUUGUAUAAAGCAAUUCUUGGUGAUUAUUCUCAACAACCUUUGGUACAAGUAGCUGCAUGGUGUAUAGGGGAAUAUGGAGAUCUUCUUGUAUCUGGUCAAUGUGAAGAGGAAGAGCCUAUUCAGGUAUGUCUUGUCACUCUUGGCUAAUAGGAAAGAAAAUUA